UGCACAAGGACAAGCAGCCCUGCAGGAACAGGGUCUCCCCUGCUGCUGCUGGCCUUACUGACUGCAGUCACCAAAACCAAGGUGUUCAGCUGAUGUGAGCUGGCUCAGGUGCUGCAGGAAGAGGGGCUGGACGGCCACAGGGGCUACAGCCUUGCCAACUGGCUCUGCAUGGCUUUUUACAAGAGCACCUUCAACACAGCAACUCAGAGCAUCAAAGCGGAUGGCAGUGCUGACUACGGCAUCUUCCAGAUCAGCAGCCAGCUCUGGUGCACCAAUGACCGCAGCCCCUCGAAUAACCGCUGCAGGAUGGCUUGCAGGGAUCUGCUAUGGAGUAACGUAACUGAUUACAUCAUCUGCGCCAAAAGACUUGUGAGAAACCUACAAGGAAUGAAUGCCUGGGAGGGCUGCGCAAUGCACUGCAAGGGAUGAGACCUGCCUGAGUGGGUGGAAGGAUGUGACCUGUGA